GACUGAACAUUAUUAUGUGAAAUACUGUGAAUGUGUGUUAAAAGUUUUUACAUGAAACGAUAAUAAUGGUCAUAAGGACAUAUGUGUGCGUGUUAAUGUAACCUCAUACAAAACCAGAAAACAGUGAAUCAUUAAUAUGGAGGGCGUUGAGGUUAUCUACACAUGGGAAAUGGACUUCAACCGAAGCCUCCUCGGCGCAGCUACUCUCCUAGUACCUAACAAACCGACGCCGUCCCCCACAUCGUCUACUAUGCCAGUGUGGGCUCACAACUCAUGGGUCUGUUUGUUUACCGCUAUGCUGACUGUUGCCAUUGGUGGCAAUGCGAUCGUCAUUUGGAUUGUUACAGCUCACAGAAGAAUGCGGACUGUGACCAACUACUUCCUCGUGAACCUCUCAUUCGCUGACUUAAUGAUGGCAUCUCUAAACUGCCUCUUUAAUUUCAUCUACAUGCUUCACAGUGACUGGGUCUUCGGAGUGCGCUACUGUCAGCUUAGCAAUUUCAUAGCGAACGUGACGGUCGCGGCAAGCGUGUUCACUCUCACGGGAAUAUCGUUUGACAGGUACCAGGCGAUAGUAAGGCCGAUGCGGCCUCGGAUGUCGAAGACGUGUUCACUCAUCAUGAUAGCUGGAAUAUGGGUGAGCGGGAUGCUGCUCGCCAUACCGUGUCUGCUUUACUCGACUACUAAAGAAUAUCGAUCUAAGGGGAUAUUAAAGACUGCGUGCCUGCUUUCGUGGCCUGAUGGUCUGCCUGAUGUCUCCUACAUGGAUUUCGUAUAUCAAGUGCUAUUCUUCGUGGUCACAUAUGCAGUGCCCAUGCUCGGGAUGACCUUCUUCUAUUCAGCGAUGGGAAGAGUACUUUGGGGUUCAAGAUCCAUCGGCGAACUUACACAGCGGCAAGCGGACUCGAUACGAUCGAAACGGAAGGUUGUGAAGAUGUUUAUCCUAGUCAUCGUUAUAUUUGGGAUCUGCUGGUUGCCCUACCAUUCCUACUUCAUCUACACGCACUUCAAUCCCUCCAUACUAUACAUGAAGUAUAUUCAGCACGUCUACCUCGGGUUCUACUGGCUGGCGAUGGCCAACGCCAUGGUCAACCCGAUCAUCUACUAUUGGAUGAAUGCGAAGUUUAGGUCAUAUUUCCGUACGGCAAUUCUGUGCCGUUGGCGAGACACAUGCUUCCGAAGGAAACGGCCGAUGCCAGAAUCACCACCGGACUUCAUCUCCCAAUCAGGCAGCCGAUCCAGAUCAGCUGUAGAGGAGCCCAGAAAUUCAAGAGGAAAUGCAGCAGUCGCAUGGCCGCGCUCGUCGUGUCGGGAGCCCGGCCAGCGGUCGCAGAGACCGCCUUCGCUUGCUAGCUGUCCACGUUGUCCGCACCGGACGUACUACGACGCGUUCAUUCAUGGGCGUAAAGUAUAAACGACUACGAAAAAUGAAGAGCUAUUUCUUUAAUUGGUGUCUAAUUUAAUUGUAAUUGAAUUUUAUAUUUGUAAUACAAUGUAAUUAAAAGUGUAUUUAGAUAAAAUAAAUAUUUACUCAUUGUUAUAUAAUUAAAUCGGCUGUAGAGCUGUUCUGUAAAUCAAAUCCGAAACUCACUGGACAAUAAGAUUAAGAAAUGUUAAGUGACAUGUCACACGUCACACUUCAUCGACUGUAAUAGUAAUAACAUUUAACAAUCAUUAUAAUGUAUCAUGGAAGGUAAGUUUUCAACAUUUUAAGAGUGAGAUCCGAAGUGAGUUUAAAAGUAGGUAGCACACCUAAUUUUAAUAUUCAGAUUUUGAUAUGAGAGGUAAUUUACUCUUAAUG